CGAAGACCCCCAAAGCCCACUAAAGACCUCAGCUGGUCCCCCGAUUACUGUCCGUCGCCCACCAUGGCCCAUACCGCCCACAAGAACCCAAAGAAGGAGAUGUUCGAGGCGCCCGAGGUCAUCGAUCGCAAGGCCAAGGUGCUGGCCGAUUUGAUUCGAAAGUCAAAGCAUUUCGUGGUGUUUACGGGCGCGGGGGUAUCUACAUCUGCCGGUUCGUUAGCUUUCCAUCUUUCAUCGUGGGUUCACUACUCGUUGGGACUGGGGGCGCGUUCACCUUGCCUGUUCGGAGAAGAGGGGUAUGGUAUGGGCGCUUGAAGACCUAGGUAGCGACCUAGUACGUCGACAGAGUCGUCCAGGCGCUUCUCCUACCUAGGUACUAAAUGCCCAAUCGUCACUCUGUCCGUACCCCACAUCUCUACGGCUGGUACUGGUGUCAGUGCUGGUGCCAGGCCUUCUGCUGCUAGCCUUGGUUCUCCCUGCUGCUGCUGGCCUUACUUCUUCCUGCCUUACCGGCUACUUCACCCUGCCGCGAGCCUUGCAACCCCCCCCCCUCCCCUGUUAGGCAUCCCGGACUUCCGAGGCCCCGAAGGCGUUUGGACUCUGAUGGCCCAGGGGCGACAAGCAACCAAAAAGUCUGUCGACGUGUUGCAAGCGAUACCAACCAAGACGCACAUGGCACUGGUGGAACUGCAAGAGAGAGGAAUAUUGAAGGGGCUCAUCAGCCAGAAUUGCGAUGGACUGCAUCGCCGAAGUGGCAUACGCGCUGACAUGAUUUCUGAGCUGCAUGGAAACACCAAUAUUGAGCACUGCAAGAACUGUGGAAAGGAGUUUCUGCGCGAUUUCUAUGCCGUAGCCCCAGAUAACCGCCCCCUCCACGACCAUCGCACUGGACGGAAAUGCCCCAUCUGUUUGACGCAACCUCUUCAUGACACCAUCAUCCACUUCUCUGAAGACCUCCCUCUCGGCCCCUGGUCUCGAGCCGAGGCACACUGCGAGAAAGCCGACCUCUGCCUGGUUCUAGGUUCUUCCCUAACCGUAACACCGGCAAACGAACUUCCCCAACUUGUUGGUGAGCGUGCUGCUGCUCAGAGAAAGAAGCAACAGACGCAGCAACCGGACACGGACCUCGUCAUUUGCAAUCUCCAGGACACCGACCUUGAUUAUCUCUGCCCCUCACCGGACCACCGCAUAUAUGCUCGGGCAGACGAUUUGAUGGAGCGCGUCAUGCACUAUCUCAGCCUUCCUGUUCCCAACUUUUACGUGCGGAGAAGAUUGAUUGUUGGAACAGACGUAGACCCAAACCCUGCAGGAGGCAGGCAUGUGGUCACUGUCAAGGGCGUGGAUGAGGAUAACAGCACACCUGCCAGUUUUCUGAGGACCGUCAAGCUUGUGACAGCCGGGGGAAGACCACGUAUCGUCAAGACUGAGCCGUUUGUGCUUGGGUGGAGGGGCAAGAUUGGUGAGAUGGAGGAGGAGCAGAACGGUUCUUUGGCAGAGUGUAGGGCAGACGAGGUUAGGGUCAAGUCAGAGACGCUGACUUUGGGUUUGGAAUUCAUGGGAAACUACGGCGAGCCGAGCUUCGAGUUACAGCACACUGUACGUGUAAGUAUGCCGGACAAUGAGUCGGAUCCAGAAACUUCCCAGCAUAGACAGGUGGCGUCUACUGUGUAUGAGCUUGUUUACAAUCCGCGCAACGGUACGUGGGUUGGAUCACUGUACAUGUAAUCUUGAGAAAUUACAUGUACCU